GAGGGCAUGGGAUGGUCACGUGACAGGAAUUAAAGAUGUCUGCUACAGAAGAAGACACGGAGCUCAGAGACCUUCUCAUCCAAAAUUUGGAAAAUAAUGGCGUUCUGAACAAGAUUAAGGCUGAGCUUCGAGCUGCUGUGUUUCUGGCUUUAGAGGAGCAGGACAAAGUAGAGAACAAAACUCCACUUGUGAACGAGAAUCUGAGAAAAUGUCUCAGCACCAAAGAUGGACGCCUUGUGGCCAGUUUGAUCACAGACUUUCUGCAGGUGUUCAAUCUAGACUUCACCCUUGCGGUUUUUCAGCCAGAAAUUAACACGGUUAAUGGAUUGGACACCCGAGAAAGUUUGUCCAAAGAGCUUGGUUUCUCCGAAUAUGAGGGGAAAAAGAGCACGCCUCUGCUCCUGGAAUUCAUUAAGAGAAGCAGAAACAAUGAUAAAUUCUCCAUUUUCUCUGAGGCAGACCGAGCGUCGCAUAUUCCCAAGGAACUGUCCCCUCGUCAGAUUGCCGAAGCACAAAAAAAAUUCGACUGCAGAUGUAAGGAUCCGAGUGGUGGUUUAGGCAAAGAUGACGUUAUCGGCAUUUUCUCCGAGCUUUUACCCAAUUUCAGCAGAAGCAUGCUAGAACAGUUUGUGACUGAUGAACUCGCAGCCAAAGAUCUAAAUAAUUCUGUAGACUUUCAGGAAUUUUUGGGGCUGUUCAAACAGCUUCAUUUUCAGUGCAGAAGUGUGGUUGUCAGUGAUGUAAGUGGAGGAAUUCCCUCUGUGAGUAAGAUUACUGAGGAGAAGAUCAGUCCAUCACCUACCAGCAAGAUACCCAGGUAUAAGGGGUUUAUAAAGGCCAGUGCUGCGCAGGAAGAGCCACCUGGGCCUCAGGCUGGAGAUCCUCCGAGUCACAGUGAGCCACUGAUCUCCCAGAAGAAUAAAGUUCUUUUGGCGAGUGAAGGGUUUAUUCCCAGCAGGAAUGACCCUACCGUCCUGAGGAGACCUCUGGAUCUGGGCCUGGACGACGACGACGACGAUGAUGAUGAAGGGGACUCAUUCUUUGAUGAUCCUCUUCCAAAACCUCAGAAGACCUAUGGCUGUAGUUUAUCCUCCACAGAUAAGCCAUACACAGGGCAGAGACUUUCUGAAAAGAGCUUUAGUCAGAAAGUGAUCCAGCACCCGCAGAGGGAGGAGAGCCUGGCAGGGCCGUCCUUCUCCAAAAUGAGGAGGGGUACUAGCCUCAAUGACCUGUCUGCUAUAGGCAGUGACACUGAGGGCGAUGGAGAGGACAUGUUCUCAGAUGCUGAGAACAAGGCCAGCACUAACCCUGAGCCCAGGAGACUGGGAUCCACAAAGGCACCUGGGAUAACUUCUUCACACCUGUCAGAUACCCCACCCUUAAAGAGUACAGAAAACAACCAGAAAGACCCUGUCUCCAGUAAAAACGAGUCUAAAGAAAAGAGCCUUCAAGAUGUAAAAAUGCUGAAAGAGAAAACUGGAUCCGCUCUGCCUGCAGAUGAAGAACUCGAUUACGAUGAUGACUUUAACAGUCAUAACUCAAAGAGCGAGGUGAGCAUCAGUGAGGAGAUUGAAGAGGCCUCUCUCGAGGGACCUGAUCUCAGUGAUAGGCUCGAAGAGAUCACGCAAGACGUGAGCGUGUCUCAGACGAGUCAGGCUGCAGAUUACAUGGAAGAUGUGGAUGGACAAGCAGACAACACUUAAUCCUCUUUUUGUAUUUAUGUACCUAAUUGUGUAAACUAUGUCAGCAGUUCCUAUUAAAGCCCUAUUGUUCACUGUUCA